AUGCAAAGAGAUAAAAAACAAGAAAUUAACGACUCUAUGAAUAAAUUGCAAGUAGGUUUAGACAAGCUACUAACUACCGCGGAAGAAGUAAAAGUAAUGCAAAAAGAGUUAACUGAAAUUCGUCCAAUCAUAGAUGCAGCUAGAAUCGACGUAGAGAAAAUGGUUGUUGUUAUAGAAGCGGACCGAGUAAGUUGAAAUGUAUAAUAUUUACGGUCGAAUAAUAGAAGUAGGUACCAAUUAUAAUACCCAAUUUCACUAAAUAUGGUAAAAAAAUGUACUUUUUCUUCUCAGGAAAAAGCCGAAAUUAAAAAAUCCGAAGUAAGUGAAGUAGAAGAAAUAGCAGGUAAAAUUGCUGAAGAAACUCAACAACUAGCUAUGGAUGCGCAAAAUGAUUUAAGUAUAUGCAUUAUUUGAAUUUAAUAUUAAUAUUAGCUCUGAUAGUCUCUUACUACUAUUAUAAUGAGGUAAUCUCUAACUAAUGGCGGUGGUUUACAUAUUCGUCUAACUAAAUUGCAGAUUUACAUUGUUUGCAAUACAUUUGUAAUCAUAAAAGUUAAACAACAAUCAAGAGUGAAUACGCCACCUUUAAUAAUAUGUAUACAUGUUUAUCCAUUUUAAUUGAUUUUAUUGUAAAAUAUGUAAACAUUUCCAUAAUCUUAUUGGGUAUUAAUUAGAAUUACAUAAUUAUGCCAUCGCCAAUGGUUACCUCUUUUGAAGAUAGACUAUGUCUACAGUUCAGAUAUUAAUAGAUAAAAAAAAUCACGUGCCAUACUUAAUGCUAUUGUAAUUAUAUAAUUAGACAAAGCGUUGCCGAUAUUACUAGCUGCAGAAGAAAGUCUAAAAUCAUUAAACAAGAAAGAUAUAUCGGAAAUAAAAGUAUUAAAAACUCCUCCAGCCGAUGUUGUUUUAGUUUUAGAGUCUAUUUGUCUAAUGAAAGACAUAAAACCCAUUAUAGUCCCUGGCAAAAAACUAGGAGAGAAAAAAAACGAUUAUUGGGAACCAAGUCGUAACAUGUUAGCGGAUCCGGCAAUUUUUUUAAACUCUUUACUAAGUUACGACAAAGAGAAUAUAACAGAGGCAAUUAUAAACAAAAUCGAACCAUACAUACAGAACCCUCGUUUUCAACCUCAAAAAAUAGCCAAAGUAACUUGCAUUUAAAAAAAAAGAAAUAAGAAAAUACUACUAAGUUGUUAUACAAUUUUUACGGAAUUGUACUAUAUUUAGGUAUCUACAGCCUGUACGUCUUUGUGUUCGUGGGUACACGCAAUUUAUAAAUACUAUUUCAUAAAUAAAGAAGUAAUCCCGAAAAAAAUUGCUUUGGCGGAAGCCACAGUAAGACUCCAAGAAGCAAAUGAUGAGUUAAAUUCAGCUCAACUACAGAUGAAAGAGGUCAUGGACGGUCUCGACGUUUUAGAAAGAAGUUUAAACGAGACUAUGAACAAAAAAAACGAGUUGGAAGCCAAAAAUCAGCUUUGCAUAGACCGAAUGGACAGAGCUCUGAGGUUGGUCGGCGGUCUCGCAAAUGAACGAAAACGCUGGGUAGAACUCAUAAUCGACUAUAAAGUACUCUUAAGUCUAUAACAAAUAAUUUUUUUGCUAGAAUAUUACCGUAUUAUUAUUAUUAUUUUCCAUUUAAAAGGAAGUAUUGAUUAACCUCGCGGGUGACAUACUGAUAAGCGCUGGGUCACUGGCGUACUUGACUGUGUUUACAGACAAAUAUAGAAAUAGUUUACGAACCAAAUGGUUAAAGAUCAUCGACAAUAACCACGUCUCUCGUUCUAAAAACUGUAGUAUUAUAUCGAUUCUCGGAGAUGUGGUUACAAUCAGAAACUGGCAAAUGGCCGGACUGCCACGGGAUAAUUUCAGUACUGAAAAUGCUAUACUCAUGUUUAAUUCAAACCGCUGGCCGCUUAUAAUCGAUCCUCAAGGACAAGCCAAUCGAUGGAUUAAAAAUUUGGUAAGCAGUUGGUUUAAUUAUAUAAUGCAAUUUUAAUAUUUGUCUACCUAUUCUUACUAUACAUACUUUAUUUACAACAAUUUCAUUGAAUCAAGAUCAUCCACCAGGUGAUAUUAUUAUUAUUUUAUAUGCAAGAAUGAUCCUAAAUUAAUGAAUAUUUCUAAAUUAAAUAUAACAUUAUGACCCUUCGAUAAUAUCACCCCGCUUAUCAUAUAUCAAUUCAUUAUUGCUACUGUUUUGAAAGAGUUUGAAUGCCACAUAUAACGUUUUCAUUGUUGAGUUCACGAACCGUUCGACUUACUGUUUCAUUGAAAAUAAAGAUGUUGAGAAAAAUGGAACCCUCCAAAUAGUUCCUUUAGUUUUGAAAUACAUCGAAGUCUGGAAGACUUAAAUCCGGUUAAUAUGAUGAAAGACUGAGAUGCUUUCAUCUGUAGUUUUCCAAAAGAGCGAUAACUGAUACUCUGAAAUGUGACCCACGCAUUACCAUGCAAUUUGCACACGUCAUGUUGCAACAUUCCAGGUUUCAAUUUUUUUCCAAAAAAUGUUUUAUAAUAGAUUUUAGUUACAUUGUGGCUAAUUGGAAUUCUAUAGGUGAUAUUUAAUUCAUACAUUAUAUAGGCUAAAAUCAUAUUUUGUUUUACUAUUGAAGCAAAAGUAAGCCGAAAAUUUUUUUUACUUUCGUUAUUGCUCUCGAAUAUCAUUACCCUUCAUUAAACUAACUAAAAAUGUAUAAACGUGUUUGUUAGACAUUAUGUUCCAAAUUGAUAUUAAUUAUGUAUAUGCUAAGUUUGCUAGAAGGCUAAAGUGUACUCAACAUUAUUUUUAGGACAAUACCCAUAUUGCUGUUAUAUUACAGCCAAUUUCAAAAUGAAAUACAUAGUUUUUCAAACUGGGAGGGGAAUUAUAAAUACCACGUACAUGUUAUAUCAAGUAUAUUCAUAUAUCAUGAAUCAUGUAUAUGAAGAAUGUAUUGGUUUAAUUAAGAUUUUUUUAUUAUUUUUUUAUACUGUACAUAAAAAUUCUAAAUUUUCAGAAAAUUUAAGCCAUUUUUGGGCUAUUUAUAGAUAUUUUAAUUUUGAGAGUAUUGUACAUAAAUUUUAUUCGGUAGGUACUCUGAACUAAAACUUUUAGCUUAACAGAAAUGUUUGUAAAUUUAACAGGAGAUUCAUUCAAGAGUCUUACUUUGUGAUCAAAAAAAAAAAAAAAUAUUAAGUUUAAUGUAGUAUUUUGUUUUAUAAAGGAAUUUUAAUAUCAAAUUUUGAUGAAAAUUGUUUGAGUAAAAAAUUAUGGGGAACAAAUCUAAUUUUUCAAUUAAUUUUUUUAUUUGUAAUAUAUAAUAAUUAAUAUUUUUAUGUAUAUAGCCGACUUAAGAACCAUGGUGAAGUCAGAAUUGAAUGGACUAACUAAAUUUUGAAACUAAAACUCUUUGAAGUUCUAAUAUUAUGUGGAUAUUAUAAUAUUUAUUACGUUAUGUUAAAUAAUUCUGUAUUGCAAGCUUUUGAUUAUGUUUGUCAUAGUCGAAUGGUUGAAUAUGUCUAUUAUCAUCCUUAGGAUUGCGAAUUUAAUCCCUUGUUUCGAAAAAAAUUCUUUCCUUUUACCUAAAUAAAGAAAAAAAAAUGCAAUUUAGGUGUACCAGGAACCCUAUCGCUUGCUCGGGCUAUUUUAAUCGAAAAAUACCUCUUGAUUUGUUGUGGUAUCUUUUCUACUAGAAAUCUUGCUCUGGUGUAUCAAGUGUAGCCUAUUUUCUGAAAGCAAAUUUUAUCUUUAUGAUAAUUUAAGGUGGUCAUUUUUGAUUUUCCCUAAAGCUUUCCAAGCAAAUGUGAACAAUUUGGAAAAAAAACACGGGUAAACGGGGAAAAACGCAGAAAAAACUGGAAAAUCGAUAUAAUAUUAAAUAAAUAUUAUUAUAGAAAAUAUAUAAUGCCUAUUUAAUUAUUUGACUAUAAUAUGAUAUGUAUAUUGUUGACAAAGCAUCACUAUCAACUGAACUGCACUCAGAAUCGGUUUUUCGUUAGCAAUAGUUUAUCAUUCCUCAAAGAUUAAAUACCUAUGAUAGUGGCUGCACCCGUCUACAUUAUCCUACGACGUCUUUUUUUUUAUUUUAAUUUUUUUUAUACUCUAAAAAUUCUACCAGAAAUCUUGCUCCAAAAUGUUAAGUAUAGCAACUUUCCUGGUAAAUCUUUAUUUUCAAAUUUAUUUUUUGUUUUUAUUUAAAUUUUUUAUUCUUAAAAAUAUUCGUAGAGAUUUGAAAUUUUAACAGAAAACUUAUAUUUACUUUUUCUAAACCUUGUAAAAUUUUUAAAACUUACUAGCCAUUUUGAGUUAUUUAUAGGCAUUUUAAUUUUGGUUCUUUUUAUUUACUUAAUUUUUAUUUGGUAGGAUAAAAUUGUUAGUCCAUAUAGAAAUGCUUGAAAAUUUAACAGGAGGUUCAUUAUAAAUCAUACUUUAUGCCAAAAAAAUGAGUUUAAUGUAAAAUUGUUUUCAUAAACAUUUCAAUAUCAAUCUUUAUUAAAAUUGUAAAUAUUAUGGCCUUUCAAAACAUGAAUAACCGAUCUCCAUUCAGAAUCAUUUAUUGUCAGCAAUGAUUAAUCAUUGGUACAAUAAUUCGUAUCAUUCGUACAGGUAUACAUUAAAUUCCCCUUUAUGUCUUAUCUUCCUGACUUUUCACCUACACCAGUGGCUCAUCCAUCGUAUGAAGUAUAUCCGUCUUUUUUAAGUCUUUAUAUAUUGUUAUAUAUUGUAUAUUUAUAUAUUGUACUUCCAAAUUUUAAUUUUCAAAUGGUAACCUAGGUACAUUAAAAAUAACAUACGAUUGCAAAAAGUUUUCCUUUUCCUAAAAAGAAAUCCUCCAACCCAUAGAGGAUAUUUAUCCAGACAUGUAUAUAGGUAAAACACUAAUAUUCGCUUUAAUGAGUUACAACAGUUUAAAGUUUAAACCGGAGGAAUAAGGUAUUUAUUAUCUAAAAAUUAAUAUGAAAUGUUUAAAUUCCCUAAAUUACAGACGGUACUUUCAAUAUUAAUGUUUUGUCCGCCAAAAUGUAUAGAAAAUAUCCUUUAUUUGAAUCUAUGUUGGGUAAUUACUAUUUGAAAAUUUAAAAAUCCAAUGUGAAUACUCCUUUCAGGUAUAAGGAGUAGGAUAAGAAAUUUAAAUAUUUUUAAAAUAAAGCUCAAAUGAUUCCAUAAUUAUCAAAAAAAAAAAAAAAAUCAAAUUCACUUAAAAUUCUUCAAAAUAAUAAUAAUAAUAUGUAAUAAAAUAAUUUAUGAUAAAUUAUUCACUAUCAGUAUUGGGGAUUUAUUUAAAACUGUAAAAAAAAAAAAAAAAAAAAUUGAAAAAUGUUGAUUACAACAAAAUAAUAGUUUAUUUCUAAAUUUACUUUUUAUAACCCAAGUGUAGAUAUGAGUGAUGACUAUGCACUAUUUCACUUGCCCAAACCAUUUUUAUGAACCAUUAGUUAUGAAGUUAUUGCUAAAAACACACGUGGUCGAAAUGGUGAAAUGUUCGAAGUUCGAUUUCUACCAUUUUUGAGUAUGCCAAUAUUUUGAGGAAAAUUUAAACGAAUAUGCGGUCUGAUUUCCAAAUUUUGUUUGUGCACAAAAAUGUAUUCAUAAUCUUUAAAACGCAUGUAACUAAAAUAAAACUGAACAGGCUGUUCCUCUUUAUUAUUUGCUGCCCAAUCACAUUUUUUUUUUUUUUUAACAAUAACGUAAAAUCUAAUAGUCUGUACAAUUUGGAAUCAGCCUGUAAAAUAACACAAAUUAUUUUCAAAAUCACUAUGAUAUUAAACACAUGAUUUGUUCAUAUCUCCAUGAUUGAGCCUUUGAUCUGUCACGUUUAUUAUUUUAGUGUGAAUAAACAAUCUCAGUUUGCAAUUAAAUAUUAUAAAUCACUAAUAAGAAAUUUAAACGUAAAAAUGUAAUAAUAAUUAUAAAUAUUUCAGGAUAAAACGUCGAUGAAUAAAAUGAUAGUAUGCAAGUUGACUGAUAAAUAUUUAUUACACGAUUUGAAUAAUGCUGUACGGUAAGCUAUACGAUGUUUAAUACUAUUACUGUAUAUUUUUGGUUUUUUGUUUUUAAAUUCGGAGUAUAGUGAAGAAUCUAUUUGUUUUACUAAGAUAUAUGUUUUUUUCUGGAUAAUACUUUUUUAGUUAGUAAAAAUGUUCCAAAAUGUGCACACAGUACCACAAAAGGCGCGGAAUUUUCGUUCUGUAAUACUUUAUUUGAAAUAUUUAUCAAAAAAUUCAGUAGUUCACUCCCUAUUCUCUAGGUUCUUUUUUUAUUUUUGUAGAUUUCUGAGUUUUCUUGUUACAAAAAAAAAAAAACAAAUAAUACUACUUUGCUCAAAACCAUUUUAUCGUUUGCAAUGAUUUAUCGUUGUAUACAAUAUAUAAAUUAAUAUUUAUAUGUAUUCAUUAAUAACAGUGGCCUACCCAUGAUCAGAACCGAAUUUUUUUUCUAUUUUUAUAGCAUACGGUUUUGUGAUUACUUGCAAUAAUAUGUAUUAUAGUUAUGAAAAUGAAGUAACACAAAAUACAGCACAAUAGAAUUAAAUAAAAUAUAUACCUAGUAUAUAUAAUUAAGGUAACAAAUAUACAUAAAACUUGGUAUCAAAGUUCCAGGCAUCAGACUAUCAGAGAUCUAGUUUUCUCAAUCAAAAAAUGAAUGUGCGUUGGAUUGUGAGACAAUGGAUUCUGGAUCCUUGAUAGGAACGGCUUGGGCAUACGAAAGUAAUGUGGUUGAUAGUCUGUUCCUACAAUCAUAUUCUAGUGAAUUUCUAUUUUCCUGUGCAAGGAAUCUGCACAAUUACCAUGGAAUGUACAAACUCCAUUAAGCGUGUACAAUAGGUCACGUAGUAGGUCAAAACCUGUGGAUGUAUAACUAGAGUUAUUGUUCUCCGGAGAUUUUUGUUCUUUAUCGCGUCUACCAAUUUUUGUUCCCAGUUAACGAUUUUUUUUUCAAUGUUACGUAUUUACAUUAUAGAUACGGUAAAACGUGUUUGAUCGAAAACGUCGGGACCGAACUGGACCCGGCAUUGGAUACAUUGUUUUCACGUGCAACUUUCGUCCAAGGAGGCAUCACCGUAAUACAAAUCGGUGACACGACCGUACCGUACAAUAAUAACUUCCAAUUGUUCAUAACCACCAACCUACCGAACCCGCAUUAUUUACCAGAGGUCUCGAUAAAAGUAAUGUUGGUAAAUUUCACUCUCGUGUCCAGCGGUCUGAUGGAUCAACUACUGUCUAUCGUCGUGAUGCAAGAAAGACCAGAUCUUGAAGAGCUUAGGUCAGCGAUCGUCAUCAGCACGGCUCAAAUGAAAUCAGAUUUAAAAGAUAUACAGGAUCGGUUAUUAAAAAGACUAACUUCGGCUGAAGGAUCGCCAGUAGAUGAUAUUGAACUGAUAGAAAUGUUAGAAACGUCAAAAUUGAAAAGCGCAGAAAUUUUAGUAAGUUCUCUGGUAUAGCAAAUACUAUAGGUAGAUACUAUAUUCGAUCAAUUAUUGGUUUUAGGAAAAAGUCGAAACUGCCGAAGUAACUCAAAAAAAUAUCGACGAGAUACGAACUUUAUACAUACCAGUAGCGAAUCGUGGUCAAUUGCUAUACUUUUGUUUGGCCGGACUUCCGUCCGUUGAUCCUAUGUACCAAUACUCGUUAGAGUGGUUCGUGGCGUUGUUUAUAUCUAGUAUUCAAGUGACCGAAAAAUCGGGUACUUAUCUAUAUUUUUCAACUUAAAUUAUUUUUUUUAAUUUUCAUACAUUCUUAUACGAAAAAACGCGAAUAAGUAAAAAAAAUUUCAUCACCGGGAAAACCCUAAAUAAUAUUUACGCUUAACACCUAUAUAACAGAUAAAUCUCGUACUACCACUAAAGUUUUGUCAUCGUCCCAUGAUUUAAUUAUUUUCGGCUUAUCCGUCUUAUCCUAAUAACUUAUACUCUGUUCAUCUCUCGUUCGUCGAUCACCUUGUCCUCACUAAUUCUUCAUGGCUAUUCGUAUUUGGUGAUGAUUUCAAUUUUUCGGAUAUCUCCGGGUCUAACGACAAUUAUGGUCUUUGCUACUUAUCCUCCUCUUCUAUCUCAAAUCUUAGUCUCCCUGAAUACUUUCCGCUGCAUGAUUUUUAUCAAUUAUCUUUUAUAUUAUAUAAGUAUAUAUACUUAUAUAAUUAGGGAAACAGUCCUCACUAAUUCUCCGCCAUUAAAAGUGUCCUCCGUCUCUGUAAUUCCUCCUGAUAUUUCCCAUUCUUCCCCCUUUAUCUCAAUUGAUAUUACUAUCCUUUCCUUCCUAUUUUUCCCAACCGUGUGUUAUUAAGAUGUUUUUCGUACCUAAUUCAAAUCUAUCUCCGACUUCUUCAACUCUUUCAAUUGGGAUUUUACUCAGUAUUCUUAUGACGCAGAUGACACUAUAACUGUGCUUCUCAAUGCCCUUCACUCAGCUACAAUAUCUUUCGUACUACAGGUCACUCACAGCCCCAGUAAUUUCCCACCAUGGUUUCCCUCCAUAUCAAGAGCCUCGUUCACAUUGAAAACCGUAAUCACUGAAUCUUUAUUUGACACCGAUCUUUUUCAUAACUUUGUGCCAAUGUAAAUUCCUGUCAAGAAAUGUUAUCGCAAAUUCAUCUGCGGCACUGAAUUCGAUCUCAAGCUUAAUUCACGUUCUUUCUGGUCUUUCGUUUAUAUAUAUUGUUCCUUUUCACCCAUUUCCUAUUGUCAUUUACAACAGUGUUUCCAGUUAAACUAUACCGAUGCUGCAAAUCUCUUUGCCAAGUAUUUUUCUUUCGUCUAUUCCAUCUCAUAUUCUCUUUCUUCUCUUCCACUAAUAAACAUUUCCACUUCCUCUUUCCUCCCAAAUCAAAUCCAUAUCACCAUAAACGAUAUCUUAAAUACCUUGUUCAUCUUCCACAACUUAAAGUUAAUAUUUAUAAUUCACGAAUAUUUUAAAAUCAAAAAGAUUGAAUAAUAUUUAAUAAAUAUAAAAUGGGUAAUAACUCAAUUUCGUUAGAAAUUGGAUAAAUCCCCUUUCUGAAAUUAGUGAUUCAUAUAUUAUACAUAUAUUAUAUAUUCAAUGAUACAAAACAAUAUAUUUUAUACUUAUACUAGUACUACUAAUAAUACAUUUUAUUAAUAUAAUAAAGUACAAAAUAUUAUUUUUUGUAAUCGAGAUAACGAAAAAAGCGUCUUUUACAAAAGUACAAUCUACUUUAUAACGAAUUUAUGUAAACUGCACUACAGCAUUACGAAAAAAAAAAGAUUUCGAAAGGAGGGGCAAGCGAAUAGCACUGGAUUGAAGUGAUAAAAGUUGGUUUGAAUUUCAACAUGAGUUUCUGCACCACGUUGAAGGAGGAUGGUUUUUUGUUUAGUUUUGGACAUCCAUACAUACCCCUAAAUGAAACCAGGAAGUUACGAAUAGAAUUUUAUACAUAUAUAACCUUUCAGAGUUGUUAACUAACAACCUCCUACUCCUAACAUUUUUAUGCUUAAAUAUCUCCCUUUUUUAAUUGCAUAGUAAAUAGUUGCAGUAUAGUAUAUUAUUACCCCUGUGUAGUACUUAUUAUUAUAAUAUUUGGUUAUUUAUUAUUGUUUUACAAAGAAUAUUUCUAGAGUACAAAGUAGGCGUAGAGGAAAAUUGCCUCGGAGUAAUAAAGCACUGCUUUUUACGGGUGUUUUUUUUAGUAUAAAACCGACUGAAUUAUUUUUUAUUUAUGAAUUUAUAGAUAUUAUUAGCCAGCGUGUUGAAAUUAUAAUUAAUCACUUCACGUUUAAUUUGUACUGUAAUGUAUGCCGAUCGCUUUUCGAACGGAAUAAAAUUCAAUUCGCCAUACUGUUGUGCGUGCGGAUUAUGAUCGAAAAUGGAAAAAUAUCUCUAAACGAAUGGACAUUUUUCUUAGUCGGCGGAAAUCCGCUUAAGGUUCGCCGAUGGUGUAAUACAAACAUAAUUAAAUCAUAAUAUUUAUAAAUUAUAAGUUUCAAUGUGUAUAGAAUAUUGAAAAUCCGGCGCCUCAGUGGCUUUCUGACAGAACGUGGAAUGAAAUUAUGGCGUUAGAAUAUCUGCCGAAUUUCGUAGAGUUCGUACGAUUGUUUCCGACAAAAGCAACGUCAUUUAAAAAGAUUCUGGAUUCGCCAGAACCUCAUAAGUGCAUUCAAUUUACAUAGUUUAUAAUGAUAUAUUAAUAGAUCUGAUACCAAAAAUAACUUUUGUUCUGUUCAAAUUUUAAAGUUUUUUUUACUUCUAACAAUUACUAGAGCUUAAUUGAACUGUGAUUCCUCUAUUUUAUAUUUUUUAUUAAACUAAACAUUAAAACUUAAAAUUUUCCAAAUUGUUUUUCGAAAUCCAAUAUUGUAAUUUUAUAAAUAUAAUUCAAAACAAAAUGUACAAACCUAACCUAAUAUAAUGUAAUACUAACGUUAGUGUAACAAAAUGUAUUUAAUAAUCAUGAAUCAAAAAGUUUCUAUAAUUUGUUGAAGUUUACAAAAAUUAUUAACAAAAUCAUUUUUCAUGGACAAAUUUGUGAAUCAUACCUAUUAUUUAGUAAUGGCAAUAAAAAUAAUUUAAAUUAUCAUUUCCUUCAAAAAAUUAUAGAAAACUAACUAUUGAUAAUUUUAAAAUAUUUUUAACAAUAAAGUUUUUUUUUAAAAAUAUACUUAUAAAAUUGCUAUCUUGAAUUUUGUAAAAAAUACAUUUUUAAAAAUAUAAAUUUUUUUUUAAGUCUUAAAACAAAUAUAUAAAAUAUAAAGACUCAAGUAAUCAUUACAAGGGAAAAAACUUAAAAAUUUGAACAGAACAAAAGUUGUUUCAAAUGUUAGAUCUUCGUGUUAUGUACAAGCCUGUAAUGUAUAAUAAGCAAAUAAGCAAUUUGAUUCUAUAUACUAUUUUUUUUAAAGAGAAAUAUUUCCGGAUCCGUGGCAUAAGGUUUUCAAUCGCUUCCAGUUAUUAAUAAUCCUCAAGUGCUUUAGACCGGAUAAAGUAUUGAACGGACUCCAAGACUUUUUGAUCGAAAAUCUCGGUUCGCGUUACGUUGAACCGCAGUCGUCCGAUUUGGCCGAAAUGUACAACGAUUCUUCGCCGACGACCCCGUUAAUAUUCAUUUUGUCCGUAGGCACAGAUCCGGCUGCCGAGUUGUAUAAAUUCGCAGGCAGAGUAAUAAUUUAACCAUACAUAUCAUAUAAUACAAAUAUUAUUCGUAUAAUAUUUAGAAACAUAUUUUAUUAACUCAAAUGACUCAAAAAUAAUUCGAUAUUGUGUUGUGUUUAUUUAGAUGAACAUGGCCAAGAGAUUAUUUGUAAUUUCACUAGGCCAAGGUCAAGGACCUCUUGCAGAAAGUUUGUUCAACCAAUGCAUGGCAAGCGGUUCUUGGGUCUUCUUUCAGGUUAGUUUUUCAACACUUUUUUUUUCUGUGUGUGAACCAAUUUUCUACCAGAAAACUUUCUCCAAAGUAUGGACUACAGCACCUUUUCUGAAAGGUAAUUUUCUCUCAUUGGUGCAUUGAGAAAGUUAGAUUAGGGUUUGAGAUCAUUUCGACUUUCCAAGGGGUUUUCAAAAUAAUCCGGAAAAACCUGAAAUAAAAGUAUAGGUAAAACGACAAAUAUUUACGGCGCGCUGUUUUCAUUGUUUUUUAAUUUUUAUUUACGAUGUUUUCUAUCAUUUCUCUAUUUCAACAAUGACACAAGAUGGAUUUUAUUUCUUAUAAUAUUUCACCACUAACCGAGUAGGUCGUUUUUUUGUAUCCAAAAUAGUAUUCCUAAUAAUUGGGAAAAACCAAAAAAUUAAUUAAUAUUUCUGGCUACGUAACGUCCCGGUAUAGGGUUCAUCAUCCUGGCACCCGUACUUUGGAAUUUUAAAACCGAAACAUUAUUAUUAUUUAGUAAGAAAUUUGUAAUUAUUUUUAACCUGUUUUCGAAUCUGCAAAUCUAAAAUGCACCACACAACAUAGAUAACCAAUACAAUCACAAUUGUUUUUCAGAUUUACGUUUUAAAUUGAUGAGUAUUUUUUUGGGCCAAAUAAAUUUUAUUCACAUAAAUCAGGAAUACAUUGAAUUUAGUGAUUAUUACUUUUUCAUUGAAACUUUGUGAAAACGAUGAAAAUUUAAGACCGAUUUAAUCUAAAAUACACUAAAUUAAUUAAUCGCAAUUAAAAUUAUCGGUGUUAAAAGUUAAUCAUGAUAUUGUUACUGAACACUUCGAUGUUAUUGACGAUGUGAGCACAAAAAUUAAAAAUGCUAAAUGAAUAAAAAUUAUUGAGAAAUUAAAAGCAGCAUUGGUCUAUAUAUAUAUACAUGUAAGAGACAGCCAUAGCUUGAAAACUCAGUUAAAAAUUUAAAAAGGAAGGCAAAGUUGGAAAUCGUCUUCAAAACACACUUAGAGAACACUUUUAUAAGCUUGUUGCAUUUUAUUUGUAUAAUGCAUACGGACAAAAGGUGCAAUUAUAAUAAAAAUUGUUUAUCUUAUUAUUUACAGUUAUGAGCUAAAUUCACAUUCCUUUUAAAUUUACAAAAAACCAUUAACAAAAGGAUCAAUAUUAGCUAUACUCAUUAAACGAUGAAUUGGUGCAUUUAAUACUAACUGAUUACUUGCUAAAGACGAAUAAAACAAAUUAACAUUUCUUAAAUUAAUUUUAGGAACCUUAAAACUGAUUAGUUUUAAUCAUAGAUAAUAAAUCGGACAUUUAAUUAAAUUAUUAGGUUAAUUUAUAUAAGAAAAAUAAAUUUGAUUUUUUUUCUUCUUAUUUGUAAAGGAUUUAAAUUUAAUGACUCAUAAGAUGUGUGCAUCUCUCUCUAUAUAUAUUAUAAUUAAUAGAAACAAAUCUUAAAAAUCGGUGUUGGACAGAUUAUAUAAUAUUAAUUAAAGCGAAACACUCGAAUGAACUUCAAAAUCGACAACAAAUGAAAAUAAUAUACCUUGUUGAUGAUAAUUGUUAACGCUCACCGUGGUUAACAAUUAUAAUUGGCUUAUCUGUGUGAAUCGUAAUUAAGGUCUGUUAACGGUGAUUAACAUAGUUAAAGAAAUCAACCCUUAGUUGCUAAACUAUGCUUAUUAUCCGAAUGGUUUUUACUAAUAAAUUUAGGUUGGUGUUUUUCUCGUGUUUGGGAGAUUUUGCAUACUCGGAAACAAAGGUUAUAAAUAAUUACAAAUUUCCUACUAAAUAGUAGCGUUAGUUUGGUUUCAUUUGAACAAGUUUAAGAUGAUUCGGGUGCCAGGAUGACGUCAUUUCAGCACCCGGAAAAUAAAAAAGUAUUUUUCUUGACUUUGGGAGGGAUUACAAAGUUGGAAACAAAGGAAACAAUUUCAAAUUGCUUACUAAAUAAUGGCGUUGGUUCGGUUUUAGAGUGAGAGUGCCAGGAUGACGGAUCUUUCGGUUUAAUUAUUUUAAUAUAUUUAUGAUCGAUUUCAUUCCUUUUAAUACAUAACCAUUGAUAGAUAAAGUUGUUUUUUGACAUCUAAAAUAUUUUUUAGACUUGAUAUUUUACAGAAAUCUUAUAUUUUCGUAAUCAAAUUGCUAUUUAUAGACAUUUUAAUUUUGCGAGAUUUUACGUAAUUUUUAUUUGGUAAGUAUUCCAUGGAUAAAAUUUUUAGAUUGAACAGAAAUUAACAGAAAUUUAACAAGAGGUUUAUUGUAAGUCAUACUAUGUGGCCAAAAAAAAUAAAACAUUGAAUUUAAUAUAGUUUUUUUAUUUUAAAUUUCUAUAAGAAUUAUUUCAAUAUCAAAUUUUGAUGAAAAUCGUAAAUAUUAGGUACGAUACCUUUUCAACAUGUAUAACAAAAGAUAAUUGAAUGCAUAUCUAUAAGCAAUGAUAAACCAUUGCUAACAAAAACACGAUUCUGAGCUGAGUUCAAUUGAUAGUGAUGCUUAAGUGUUAAAUGAAGAAAUAUAAUGUAAACAUUAAUAUUUAAAAGAAUGUAUUGAAAUUUAAUUCUAUUCUAUUUUAAUAUAGUUUGGUCUAUAAUAAUGCUUUUUCAACAAUGUGCAUUUCCAUGAAAACAAUAAUUGUUAAAAAGAUUAUUAAAAUAAUAAAAACUUAAUAAUAACAAAAAAUAAAUAAAAACGGUUGCCAAUGACAACCUUAUUUUUAAUCUUAUAAUAUUUUUUAACUCAAUGAACCACCAGGUUUUCUUCAUUAUCUCGAAUAUAAAUGGGAAUUUCAAAGAAUCACCUUUCUAAAGUACCGCUCAGAUAACAUUUCUUUUUAGAAAAAGUGCUAUACUUGACAAUCGGAGUGAGCUUUCUGGUACAAAAAGUGUUCACAUAAAAAAAGAAACAAACAUCAUUGUAAAAUCAAUACAUUCCUUACUUCGCUCAGAAUCUAAAAUUUAAAAUCGAACCGAAAAGAAACUAAAACAGAAAAAAACAUAAAGUUUACAAUCCCUGCUUGAAAUAUAAUUGAACUUUCCACUAAUGUUUAACAUUUCAAAUACCUGUGUCUUUUAACCCGAGAUCCCUCAGCGUGUACAUACUUUCUUUGUAAUUUAUAAUACUCAUACGUACAAAAACUACUAACAUACAUCAUACAAACUUUAUUUUAAUAUUGAUACUUACGGAAGAGACAAUGUUUAUGAGUUGAUUGUCUAAAAUUAUAUUAAAUGGGUGGAAUAAAAUAAUAGAAUCUACGUCUAUAUAUAAAACAGGGUAACGUGACGUCAGAACUCCGCGUAAAUUCUACUACGCUGCAUUCUGUCACGUCUGGACGCUGCAAGAAAAUCGUACUUUAUACAAUAAUAAUGAAUCCAUAAUUACUCUAAAUAAAUUGUAAAUACAUAGAACUGUCAUCUGUCACCGAGCUGGAUGCCUCGUCUGGAAUUCAUCGUGGAAACGAUAGACCCGGAAAAAGUGCAUAAAGACUUCCGAGUGUGGCUGACGUCCAAUCCGUCACCGGUAUUCCCGGUGUCUAUACUGCAAAACGGUGCCAAAAUGACCGUGGAACCACCGCGUGGUAUUAAGGCCAACCUGUUACGCGCGUUCGUGGCUGGUCCGGCAUCAGAGUACGCUAGCCAGAUGGCUGUCAACGAAAAUACCGGAGACGAAGCCGUCACAUUCAAGUGGCUACUGUUCUCGUUGUGCUUAUUUCACGGCGUGUUGUUGGAGCGCCGUAAGUACGGUUCACUCAGUUUCAAUGUUUCGUACGAGUUCACAGACGGCGACCUGCGAAUAUGCGCUGAUCAACUGCGCGCGUUCUUGUCCGAGUACCCGGGUGGCACCGUUCCGUACGAUGUGCUCGUUUACACGGCUGGUCACAUCAACUACGGGGGCCGGAUCACCGACGAUUGGGACAGACGGUGCUUGAUGAAAGUGCUCGGUGAUUUUUACCAACCGAUUGUUGUUCAGGCCGGGUACAUGUUCGACGCUGGCUCAGGCCAUUACCGGCAGCUGGCCGCCGACGCCGAUUACGAUGAUUAUAUUAAUUAUAUCAAGACGCUUCCGGUCAAUGACGACCCGGGCAUUUUUGGUCUCCAUUCCAACGCUAACAUCACGUACGCCCAGGCUGAGACGUUCAGGUUGGUAAAAUUUUUAACUAUGCUUCGAUUCGAGAAUUUCAGUGUUUAUUGCAUCAUUUAUUUAUGUAUUACUUAAUUCUUAUGUUAGCUAAAUUAUUAUUACCCAUCAAAUAAAAAAAAAAGGUAAAAAGUUAAAUACAAAAAAACAAACGGACAUACUUCACAAGACAUAAGGGCCACUGUUGUAAAAUUUGGUUUAUAAUCGUAAGAAAUAAUUCUUUAAGUACUAUUAUUUUUGUACUUAUUUCCGAUAAUAUAUUGGUUUUACUAAUGAUGAUUGAUUUUCCCAGGAGUUUUUCCAACAAAUAGAAAAACUCGGAGUAACAUGGGAAAAACGGAAAAAUAUAUACCAUAAUAAACAAAUAUAAUUAAAAAAAAUAUAUAAUGUAAAUGCAAUUAUUUUACCAAAAUAUGAUAUAUAUAUAUAUUGUUGACAAAGCAACACUAUUAACCGAACUCCGCUCAGAAUCUUUUUUUCAUUGAAAAUGGUUAAUCGUUGUAUACAUUAAAUUUCCCCUCUACUCCCUUCCCAGCUACUCAUCUACAACAUUGGGUUACCCAUGUACGAAGUAUGUCAAUCUUUUCUCAGUCUAUAAAUAUCUUUUACAAGAAAUCUUGCUCCAAUCCUAAACUUUAUAGGACAUUUUUUAUAGCAUAUUUUGUCUAGUUAAUGCAUUGAGGAUGCCAAUUUUUUAUUUUUCUUAUAAUUUUCUUAAUAAUUGAUUAAAACAAACAAUUUUCGUUCAAUUUUGCUUCUAAAACGGUGGUUUACAAUCAGCUGUAUUGGCCUUUUUUAAUUGCUUAUAUUUAAAUUAAUAGUGAUGAUAAUACAAUUUUACGAAUUUGUAUUAAAACUAUUUGUAUUGCCUUUAAGCGUUACAACCGGUCCGACUGAUCACAGGUCUGAUAUUCGGUGCCUUUGCAUCAUCAAAUAAAGGUGCACUAAGAAAGUAUUUUUCGUAAUUUUAAUUUUAAAGUGUGAAAAUGGCCAAAAAAUUUAAUUUUAAAUGAAAAACUGACUGACUCACUCACUCGCAUUUAUCAACGUACAGCCUAAACCGUUGGGGCUACUUGACAUUACUUAACAUUUUUAUCAUGAGCAUCUACUAGAGAAAUUUUUUUUUUAAAUUUAACUACUAAAGGGGUAAAAUACAGGAUGAAAGUGUGGAUAAAAAUUUGCUAUUUUUGAAGUUAAAUUCAUAGAAAUGAACCAACUAAACCAAUGGACGGACACAAAAAUGUUGUUUAUGUUAAGAAUUUUAAUAUGUUUUUAAAACCAAAAAUAUCACUAAUAUUAUGUUUGCUACUCCUUUAUACUUAGGAGUAAUUUCUACUUGCUUCCUUGUCCAUAUAACCAUAAACCAAAUUAACUAAUAAUAAUCAUUUUUCAUUUUUGUUACCAAAGUAACCUAAAAUCAACAAAAGUAAUACAAAUUUCGUUCCAAAAACACCAAAUACCUGUCUGUGUCAGUUACUCUUUAGUGGUUGAAUUUCGAAAAUCUGACUUUAAGCUAUAUGUAUACGGACUUGUUCAUUCGUUUUUAUGUGUACACUUUUGAAUCUUCGCGAGCGAUAAUUUCGAUUGUAGACCACACAUAGGCAAUUAAAAUUUAAAGAACUUGCUUUUCUUAAAAAUCUAUAUUAAUAGAUUUAACCUAUCGAUGCGUCUUGAUUAUUUCCACGUUAUGAUGUCUACAUCAUGCAAUAUAAUAAAUAUAGGACGCUGGCCGUGCUUUUGUCGCUGCAACCUAGUGCCGUGACAGUCAGUGGCGGUUCGGACGGAGAAGAUAGCACGUUCAAGACGGUAACGGCGCUCAUAAAGGACAUACCCGAACCGUGGGCGUCCCUAGACGAAAUCCAGGCCAAGUACCCGGUCAUGUACUCGGAGUCACUAAAUACCGUCUUGCUCCAGGAGUUGACCCGGUACAACCGUCUGUUAAAAGCUAUAUCAGACUCGUUGCGUAACUUGCUCAAGGGCCUUAAAGGGUUAGUUGUAUUAACCAAGGAUCUCGAGCAAAUGACCGAUCAGAUAGCGUCCAAUCAAAUACCAACGAUGUGGUCCAAAAAGGGAUAUCCUUCCUUGAAACCACUGGGUAAGUACAUGUCUUAUAUUUUCAUUACCAAAUAACUGCUGGUAGUUUCGCAAUUCAAUAUCCUAAUUUAAGCUCUCCAUCUACCAUAAUAUAAUUAUCAAUGAGGUCUACGCAUAAUGUUUUAGGUGCAUGGGUGACAGAUUUACGGGUUCGCGUUUCGUUUUUAAAUAACUGGAUCAGAGAUGGCAUACCCGCGAGUUUUUGGAUAUCCGGGUUCUUCUUCCCCCAAGCAUUCCUCACUGGUUGUUUGCAAAAUUUUGCACGGCAAAAUACUAUUUCAAUCGAUACCAUUCAAUACGGGUUCAAGGUAUUAGAUAAAAAAUAUAACAAGCGACCAGCUUAUGGAUGUAUUAUCCACGGUCUAUUUUUGGAAGGAUGUCGUUGGAAUGAACAACUUCAUUCAUUGGAAGAAUCCAAACCUAAAAUACUCUACUCAGGUUCCUAAUAGUAAUCUAUUUAAAAUCGAUACUUGAUAGGUACUCUCAUGUACCUAUCAUAAUAUUUUCAUCGUUGUGUAAUAACUAAUCAAUAUUAAUGUAAAAUUUUUGCUUUUCUUCCGCAUCGUUUUGAAUGUGACUUUCAAUUAUUCUGUAUUAUAUAUUUCAGAAAUGCCUCCCAUUUGGUUAAUACCCGAGCAAAAUCACAGAUUCAAAGAUGGUAUGUAUUUGUGUCCAGUGUAUAAGACAUUGACCAGAGCCGGUACUUUGUCGACGACGGGUCAUUCGACAAAUUUCGUUUUACCAAUAGAAGUGCCGAGUAAUCAGCCUCAAAGUCAUUGGAUAAAACGAGGUGUUGCUCUCAUCUGUGCUUUAGAUUAUUAA